AUGCAUUUGGUUUUAGUGCACGGGUAUCUUCUCGGCGGAACAGGUUCUAAUGUCUACACGGCAAACAUUGCUAAAUCAUGGAAGCAUAUGGGACAUGCUGUAACUGUAAUUUGCCAAGAUCCCUUUGCGGGUCGCCUUGAUUUCGUCGAUGAAUUUAUCGUCGGCACGGCGAAGAUUCCUUCUGAGGCCCCCAAAGCUGGCACCGUACGAGUGGUAGUUCCAGACAUCAAUGGGCUGCUUUUAGUGUACUGGUACGAUUUAUAUGAAGGUUACGAGGUAAAAACUAUGGUGAACUGUACUUUGGAGGAGAUUGAAGCGAAUAUAGAAGGCACUGUGGCGGGAUUGAAGAAAGUGAUUGCUCAAGGAGUCGAUCGGAUCCUCGCGAAUCACGCAAUUUUGAGUCCUGUUAUAACAAAGCGCGCUACCGAAGGUACGGGGGUCCCGUACGAUGUUAAAAUCCACGGAAGUUCCAUCAUUUUCUCCGUCAAAAACCGUCAAGAAUUGAGGCGAUAUGCUGUGGAGGGAAUCAAGAAUUGCCACAAACUUAUCGUAGGGGCAAAGUACAUGGCUGAAUUCGUGGAAGAGACAUUUGAAGUGGAGAAAAAUGAGAUGGGACUGGUAGAUAAGAUGAUGGUUAUUUCCCCCGGAAUGGACCCGGAAGUGUUUAAUCUCAGCGACUCCCUCAAGGACGGACAAGAAGCGUUCUUGGCAAGCGUGGCCGAUUUUGUUAAGAGGAAACCCGAUGGCAGACGAGCUGACAAGAUUUCGCUUCCCUGUGUUAACGGUCCUAAUUCGCCGUCUGACUUGAACAAGGCAUUAGAAGAAAUUGUUCAGUCGUACGACCUUCGCGCGGCAGACUCGGAUCUUAUCGAGCGCUGGAUUCCUUUCCAAGAAGAUGAACCCGUCAUUUGCUUUUUCGGUAAGUUCCAAGACUCCAAAGGAGUAGGAGAGAUCCUCAUGGCUUUUCCAAGCAUUUUGGAAAAAAUACCCAAGGCGCGACUCUUGCUGAUAGGCUACGGGGGGAACCGCGAACACCUAGAGGGAAUGCUGGCUGCGUUUGUUGAGGGAGAUUUCGAAGCUUUCAAAGAAUACGCAGGGGCAGGAAAUUUUGUGGACUUCCCACCGGACACGAAGAAGUUCUUCCGUCAGAUUCCUCAAGGAAGAGUCACGAUGACAGGAUUGUUGGAACAUCCCCAGUUGAAGGAAAUUCUUCCAUUGUGUAGUGUUACAAUCACAGCUUCUAAGGCCCUGGAAGCUUUUGGUAUGGUAUCAGUAGAGGCUAUGUCAGCCGGGGUAUUGCCGCUUUGUCACGACCACACUGGCAUAUCCGAUGUCAUUCAAGCUGUCAAAGAAGUAGACCCGGAAUUGGGGGAGUUAAUGCGUUUGGAGGUACGUCCAGGUGGCUUACAUAAAGUAGCAGAUGGUGCCUUCAUUGUGGAGCAGCUUCCAGGUAAAGUGGAACGCGCGCUUCGCUUCUUGUUCCCGAAUGGUUUCCAUGACAACAGCAGGAGGCGUGAGGUUUCAGCCAAACUAAGGGAGAUUGCUGUGACGAAAUUCUCCUGGGAUGUUAUCUGUAGAAAGAUUCUCGAGUAA